CCGCGGGAGCGCGCCCUCUCCUCCGGGCUGCGGCCGGCAGGCCUGCUUUCGCCUCGCACCCAGGCCGCCGGGCUUUGGAGGUGGGGUCCUUCCUCUUCCUUUUCUCAACGCUUCAAAUCUUGGCGCCGCAGGUUUGAACCGCGGGGACCGGAAGUGUGCCCCGCACCGGCGGGUCCCCCGCGAAUCGACGCCGGAAGUGGCAACUGCUGGGGAAAGAUUCCGCCGGCUCCGCUAUGGCGGCCAUUCCCCCCGACUCCUGGCAGCCGCCCAACGUCUACUUGGAGACCAGCAUGGGGACCAUCGUGCUGGAGCUGUACUGGAAGCAUGCUCCAAAGACCUGCAAGAACUUUGCUGAGUUGGCUCGUCGAGGUUACUACAAUGGCACUAAAUUCCACAGAAUCAUCAAAGACUUCAUGGUCCAGGGAGGUGACCCAACAGGGACAGGUCGAGGUGGUGCGUCUAUCUAUGGCAAGCAGUUUGAAGAUGAACUUCAUCCAGACUUGAAAUUCACGGGGGCUGGAAUUCUUGCAAUGGCCAAUGCAGGGCCAGACACCAACGGCAGCCAGUUCUUUGUGACCCUAGCUCCCACCCAGUGGCUUGAUGGCAAACACACCAUAUUUGGUCGCGUGUGCCAGGGUAUAGGAAUGGUGAAUCGAGUAGGAAUGGUGGAAACAAACUCCCAGGACCGCCCUGUGGACGAUGUGAAGAUCAUCAAGGCAUACCCUUCUGGGUAGCCUUGCUGCUCUCCAGGUCUUCUGAAAUGGCCCAGCGAACCAGUGUCCGGGUGACCUAAAUGACACACCUCUGAACUUCAUUUUGGCCUUGUGAAUCACGGAGCCAAGGAGGCCUGGGAGCUUGGGUGAGUUAGAGGUGGAAGUGUAUUUUAAUAGGAUGCUUCUUGUCGCUUCUCCCUGAGCCUCGGUUGACAGGGCAUUUCCAGAACUGCCCAUGCCUGAUCACACAGGCUACUGCUCUCUGCAGACGACCCACACUGCGUCUUGUGUGCAUCUGUCUGAUACCCUUGGAACAACAUGAGGCCAGCUCUGCCAUUUCAGGGUCCAACCAAACUUCUUUCUGCGAAGAUUUAUAUUCUGGCCUACACUGCAGUCUUCGGUGGCUGACGGCCACAGAAUUCAAACCAAGCAGUGCCUGUCAGCCCUCUGCACUCUGCACACCCUUUUCAGUCUCCUACAUUUGUUCUUCCUGGGAAUGUCUGCAUCGCUAUAUAUAUUUCCCCCUCAAAGCAGAACAUCAACACUGCUGUUCCUGACACUUAGACAUCCCACGCAAAGCCACACUGGAUGUUUGCCAAAUGAGAAAUGCAUCCAACAAUCAAGUGUCUAAGAAGGUGUCAAGUGGGGAAUGCUAAUGUGUAAUAAUCAAGAAAUGAAUUUACUAAAAGGAAGCAGAAGUGUUGACCAUUUUUUGCCCAGGAAGGAGUAGAAAUCUGUAGUGAGCCUAAGAAAAGACUGAAUUCUUCUCAUAAAGGAGAAGUGCCACUACCUUUUUUUAAAAAAACCUAAGACUUUAGAGAAACCGAGAUUUUAUAUGUUAAGGGCCAUUUUUUGUUUGUUUGUUUUUUAAUCUUUCUGUAUUUUUUAAGGGGAUUAUGAGAGAAAGGAGUUAAUACCUGUGUGAUACAUAGAAAUUUCCUAAAUAAAAUGUCAUUGAUGUUUGAAA